AGGAAACAGAACGGACAACGUGCUUAAGCAAGAGUAGAAAGGUCUUGUCAACUACAACACUGUUUUCGUUUUAGAUCGUUUAAUUUAUUCAUUACUAUUGUUAUACAUUUUUUGUAAUUUCUGCAGUAGCCUAUUUGAAAAUGUCCCAUACUGUAGUUAGAACCACAACCACAACCACAACUACAACGUCGUCAUCUGAAGGCGGUUUUCUAAAUUUGGGUUAUGCGCGAUCUCUUCAGGGUUUACUCAAAUUGGCUCAAGUGGUUGUACUUCUUAUUGCAUUCCUGUGUGUCCACUGCUCAAAAUGGUGGACCGACGAGUCUGCCUACCGAUUCUUUGAGGUGGUCACUCUGUGGUUCCUCAUCGCCUUCCUUAUCUUCUUCCUGAUGCACAUCUUGCGGCUCCAGGGCAGGAUUCCCUGCAUCAACUGGACCCUGACGGAGUUUUUCCAUUAUAUUCUGGGGACUAUCCUUAUCUUCAUUGCAUCUAUAGUGGCUGCUGUGAAGUGCGGCCAAAUUUCUGCCCUUAUCGCCGGAUCGGUGUUUGGGUUCAUUGCCACUUUUUUACUCGCAGUCAACAUCUGGAUGUCCUACAAGAUCACAUGUGGGUCCCAGCCGACAGUUGCAGCUGUUUAGGAGCACAUUUUUUAUUUUUUUAAAGACAACUCGGCUUGCAGUAUUUGUAAUGUUUGACAGAUGUUUGUCAUUGUACGUGCCUUAGCAAAAAAAAGUGUUAUAUUAGCAUCCUGACCAACAGAAACUUGCCACAAUAUUUAUCUCAGCUGUUACACACAAACUUCUGUUCUAGGUUGGCCAGUGGAUCUAAAUUGAUUGGGUGUAGUAUUUUUUUGCCAAAAAGCAUGAAUUUUGUAUGUGCUUGAAUUGCCAAUAAAUAUUUGUUAUUGA